CGGAUCUUCAUUCAGUUUGCGACGCUCAUUGCGUUGAGAUACGAGCCGCGCAGUGCGAAUUCUGAUUCGUAUAAACUAAGCUUAAAUUACGAAUUGUUGUGACGCAUUAAAGUCUGAUUGAUGUUUUGUAAAGAUUAAAUAGCAAAGUAAAAGAAUUAUCAAUCAAGUGCCGUGAAGUGAGGCGACGAAGAUGUUGUGCUAAAAACUCAAGCUUAAAAAUUGAAACCAAACUCAGGCAAAAUCAAUUAAAAAGAGAAAAUAAAAUAAUUAUGAUUGGCUUACCGCUAAGAGAGAAUAUACGUGCAGUAAAUAUGUUGUUAUAGUAUCUAGAGAAAAUGUGAAAAAGCAGAAAUUCGCAUCAGAGCUGAAAAUCUGUUUUAAAAAUAUCUUACAGCUAAGAAUUCUCAGUGUUUCACGUUUAAUUGCUCCGAGUUUUGACAUGCUCCACGCGGUUUUGCGCAUCACUGCGUUAACACUUUCCUACUCUCUACUGUGGCUUUUGCCAUUGAUCGGCGAUGCCCAACAAGUGCCACUGGUUGCUUGCCCCAAAUACUUUGAGUACUUGAACGAUGGUAGUCAAAAUUUCGGACGCAUUACGCUGCCCAACGUUCCAAUGGGAACAACGCGGUUGAGUGUGCGCUUUUCACAGCAAGCGCCAGUAAACUCGAAUUACUACGGACGCUUGUCGCUCUAUGAAGAUCAACAAACCACUAUUAAUAACUUGGAGCGUGGUCUUCCCAUUUCUUAUCGCGUGGAUUUUCCCACUGACAAUGUGCUACCUAAGCUUACACUCAUCUCUGUAAGCGGAGUCGAUAUUUGCGUGUCAUCUGAGUAUCCCCCUCCAAGCACUGUUCUCGAUCUCCAGCAUACAUUGCAAACAUCAACUGUGCGAGGAACAAGACCUCUUAAUAGCAAUGUCGAAGGUGGAACCAUAUAUCCGGUCACAACAAGCACAUUUCCAAACCAAAAUUUCAAUCGCAUUCCACAGCAGAACCAACCAGCCACCCAACAGACACAGUUCAUAAAUCCAAAUCCUGCACAAAAUCCAUUUCUUACACAAAUUAGACCGGCACCACAAUCAUCGACCUCGGAACCAAAUCUGCAAACUAGGAUCUCACAACCAGACAAAGACUACUCACAAUGCGGCGUGGAGGGCAACUCAGUAACGCCAUUCAUUUAUGGCGGCAUCACACUUGCGCGUGGCCAAUUUCCUUGGCUAGCAGCUGUCUAUCGAAAGCAGUCGUCGGGUCUAAGAUUCCUAUGUGGUGGUUCGCUUGUCUCUUCCAACACAGUAAUAACAGCGGCACAUUGUUUUAAACUAAAAUCGCUUAGCGCCUCCCAGGUUGUAGUCUAUUUGGGUCGUCACAAUUUGGAAAACUACGGUGAGGCCGGUGUCGUCACACGUGACAUACGCAGUUUGCUUAUACAUCCGGACUAUAGCGGCAAAUCACUACCAGAUGCAGAUAUAGCCAUAAUGCAAAUGCAAACGUCAGUCAGCUUCAAUGAAUUCAUCCGUCCCAUUUGUUUGUGGAGCGAAUCGUCGGACAAUUCAUUGAUUGUUGGUCAAACAGCUUUCGUUGCCGGCUGGGGUGCGGAUGAAAAAGGGCGUGAAGUGUCUGCGUUACCCAAGAUGGUCGAUACGGCCAUUGUUAGCGAUAAUGAAUGCUUACGCUCCUCGGAGGUGUACAGCAAAUUGACAACUCCGCGCACGAUUUGCGCAGGCAACCGUGAUGGCACUGGUCCUUGUAUGGGUGACUCCGGUGGUGGUUUGAUGUUAAGUCGUAAUGGGCUAUGGAUGUUACGUGGUGUCGUAUCGGCCGGUCUCACUAGUCAGGGUCAAUGUGACCUCCGGCAGUAUGUUAUAUAUUGUGAUCUGGCGAAGCAUAUUGCGUGGGUGCGGAGUAAUAUCUACUAGUGGUCAGACUGCGUAAUCGGAAUAAUGUUUAAUUUAACCGGAGACUGAAAUAAUAACCUGCUUUGUUGGUGAAAAUGAGAGAUUUGCAGCCGUGAUUAAAAUAUGGACAACUUAGACCGUAGAAGCGUUUUUCCGGUAAAAAAAAAUUAAUUAUUUAGCUGAAAAAUUUUAUCAGACACUUGUGUUGAAAAUUCGAGUUUGUAACUAUGAGAAGGUCAAACAAAAUACUCAAAAUAUACACAUCUAUGUACCCCAAAACACUAAAAUAAACGUUAUAUAUAUUUUUAUUUUCUAA